GACAGCAAAAUACACACACACACACACACAGUGAAAGAGCCUCCGCCAUGGCAGCUAAAAAACGGCCGUCAAAGGUGGCGCCGGCGAAAGGAACCGCCGUAAAUUCGCCGGAAUCAUCCAUAAACAAUCCAAAACCUAAAUCGGAUGACUCGUCACCCAUAGCGCCGGCGAAAGUUUUGUUAAUUUUCAAAAUCUCUUUAAUAUUCUUAAUCCCGUAUUUUUACUUGAUAUUUUAUCACUAUAAGAUCGAAUCGGAGCUCCGGCGAUCGAUUCUCAUCAAUGCGGUAAUUAGUUUGAUCGGAUUCUUCGGAACGGUAACUAUGAUUCCUGUUGCGUCUAAGUAUAUGUUGAGAAGGGGUUUGUUUGGAUUGGAUAUCAACAAAAAAGGCACUCCUCAAGGCUCUAUCAAAGUACCUGAGUCACUAGGUCUUAUUGUUGGGGGUGUGUUCUUGGUCGUUGCGAUCUUGUUUCAAACUUUCAACUUCACAGCUGAUUCAAAUUGGCUUGUUGAGUACAAUGCUGCAUUAUCUUCAAUCUGCUUCAUGAUGCUGCUUGGGUUUGUGGAUGAUGUCCUUGAUGUACCUUGGAGAGUGAAACUGCUAUUACCCUCCAUUGCAGCCCUUCCGUUGUUGAUGGCAUAUGCUGGGCAUACAACUAUUAUUAUACCAAAGCCCCUUGUAUCAUAUGUUGGAUUAGAGAUCUUGGAUCUAGGACGGAUCUACAAAUUAUAUAUGUGGCUACUGGCUAUAUUUUGCACAAAUUCUAUCAAUAUCCACGCUGGUAUCAAUGGCCUUGAAGUUGGGCAGACAGUCGUUAUUGCAGCAGCUAUUUUGAUACACAACAUCAUGCAAAUUGGGGCAUCUGCUGAUCCUGAAUACAAACAAGCCCAUGCCUUCUCUAUUUACCUUGUUCAGCCAAUGCUUGCCACUUCCUUGGGUUUACUUUCAUUCAACUGGUAUCCUUCCUCAGUUUUCGUUGGUGAUACCUUUACAUAUUUUGCUGGAAUGACCAUGGCAGUGGCUGGAAUCUUGGGUCACUUUAGGUACAUCUCUUCUUCGUGCUCUUUCUUGCCGGUAAAUUCAGCAGUGCUUCUGCUAGUCUGCUUCUUGAACCAUUUGAUUGCUUGCUCGCUGUCUUAGGAAAGAAAAGGUGGUCCCAUUUUCCCUUGUCAGUUUCACUUUUCUCAUAGUGACUCCAAGGUGGCUGUCUGGCUGAUGACUUGAAACCUAAGUUUUUCCAGUAAGUGACUGGAGUAUUGUCUUUAUUUAUUUAUUUUAAAAAGUGACUGGACUAUUGUGUGAGCAACACAAAAGUGGCACCACUGGAUGCUAGUCCUGUUCAUGAAGGACCUACCAGACAAGCCUAUAGCAGGGAUAAAGUACCCAUAUUUGAAGAGGAAAAAAUUGAAGGAUCUUUGGACUCACUAAUCCAUAAAGAAGUUCUCAAGAACCAGCUUUCAAAGAGGAGAAUAACAUUACUUCGCCCCUAAAAUGCUUGUUAUUCACGCAUGCACGCCCACACGUUUAUACAGUGUACUUAUUUUCGCAAAAAUAUGGUGAGAGUACAGUGUGGAUUCUGCAUAGACUUGUCCUUCCUUCAGAACUUAAAAGGGAUAUGGAAUAACUAGUUUGUUCUUCUCUGGUCUUAGCUAAUCAGACUAUCUUCUCCUUUUGUUUGCAUCAUUCGUCUUUCUUUCUGGACUCUUGAGAACGGUGUAUUAGAGAUGAUGCUCUUCCCUUUACCGUUUAUUCCCAUGUUUAUGAACUGCUUUUUCCUUUGAGCUCCAAAAAACCCACAUGAUUAACUCUGUACCAUCUACAGACGUGAACACUAGUUUUCUCCCUCUUCCGUUUUACAUGACAUGCAUAUUAUUAUGAU